ACUUUUAAGUGUCAAAAAUAUCUUCUCUCCCCCACACUCAGACAGAAUAUCAUAGACUCCAUAAAUAUAAGACAUAGUUUGAACAAAAUUCUCUUGUUAUACAUCAAACUGAAUUUUGGGUUUGUAUCCUUGCGAUUAAUUGAUGGAGGGUCCUCAAUCUUCAAGUCCUUCUCAUCAAUAUCCCCAAGCAAUUCAACUUAGGCUUUACCAGGCUUUUAUAUUCUCAAUUCCUAUACUCUGCUCCAUCAUUCUAUUUCUGUUAUUCUACUUGUUCUACCUCAAGAGAAGGGCUUCGAACUUCUCGGCAAAUCCACCGGUUCUCCCGAGGACUAUUCACGAUGCCGCGCCUAACGUUACAACAUCAUUUGAUUCAGAUUUGAAAGCAGAGCUGAAAAACCAGCUUUCCACAAUCUUGUUUGAUGAAUAUCUAAAAGCAAGGGAUUCACUGUGUUGUGUGUGCUUAGGAGAAUUUGAGAUAAAAGAGGAGUUGCUUCAAGUGACAGCAUGCAAGCAUGUGUUUCACGUAGAUUGUAUUCGACAUUGGCUUCAAUCCCAUUCAACUUGUCCACUUUGUAGAGCCCCCGUUGCAGCCACCUCAUAGAGAAAUCCAUUUCGCAAAGUUGUACAUGUAACACUAGCCACAAUAAUUACGAUUACAAUUACAAUUACAAUUACAAUUACAAGAAGAGAUGAAUUGAAACCAACGACUAGUACUGAUCGAGGAUCGUCAAGUUCUUGCUAGCUAGCUAGUAGCAUACAUCACAUAUACG